UCCAACCAUUUUGAGAAGGUGUGCAGAGCAAAAGAUCACUUUUUCCUACUACGUUCUUUUGUUCUUCAAAAAAAUGGCGGAACAAAUUCCAUUCAGCGUCGUGGAGAAUGUUUUGAGCAGUUUAGGAUCCUCAGUUGUUCAAAAAAUGGGAUCCAUGUAUGGUGUUCGAACGGAGCUGAGGAAGCUUGAGGGGACACUGGGCACCCUCAAAGCUGUUCUUCUGGAUGCUGAGGAUCACCUGGAGAAAAGCCAUGCAGUGAAAGAUUGGGUGAAGAGGCUCAAGGGCGUUGUGUAUGAUGUAGAUGACUUGUUGGAUGACUUUGCAACCAACCGGUUGCAGCGAGGAGGGCUCGUCAGGCAGGUGAGUCACUUCUUCUCGUCCUCAAAUCAGGUUGCAUUUCGUUUCCAAAUGAGUGGGAGAGUCGAUGAUAUCAAAGAAGCACUUGAUGAAAUAAAAAAGGAUAUCUUUCUGUUGAAUGCUAUUCCACGAAGCACAAUUCACCCACGGGCAAAGAAUAUAGGGAGAGAGACCCACUCAUCCCCACAUUCAUCUAAUCUUAAUCCAAGAAAUGCAGAAAAAGAAGACCUAGUAAAAUUGUUGGUGUCGCCUGACAAAGAAAAUGUUUUCAUUGUUGCUAUAGUUGGCAUCGGGGGAUUGGGUAAGACCACUCUUGCUCAAUUGGUAUACGACGAUGAAAGAGUGAAAAAACAUUUUGAGUUUAAGAAAUGGGUUUGCGUUUCAGAUGAAUCUGGUGAGGGUUUUGGUGAAAGUGCGCUGCUAAAAAAGUUGUCAAAAUCUAAAAAUGAUGAGGGUGAUAAAAGUUCACAAAGUCCGUCAUUGGAUGAUUUGAAAAAUGAGCUUCACAAACAAAUAAGUCAAAAGAAGUACUUGCUAGUACUAGAUGAUGCCUGGAACAAUGAAAGUGAAAAUUGGGAGAAAGUGAGAACUCUAUUGGAGGUUGGUGCUAAAGGGAGUAAAAUUGUAGUGACCACCCGGAACGCUGAGGUUUCAUUUAUGGGAAAUAAUACUGUUCGUAUUAAGUUAGAAGGUCUAGACAAAGAUGAGUCUUGGAAUUUAUUUUCAAACAUCACAUUUGGAGGACAGACGAAUACAGUGAAUCCUGAGAUCAUAAAAGUUGGAAAAGAAAUUGUAAACAUGUGUAAUGGAGUUCCACUCAUCAUCAACACUUUAGGGAGAACAUUAAUGCAGUUUAAAUCAGACUUGUCCAAAUGGUUGUCUAUUCAAAGGAAUGAAAAUUUUUUAUCACUUCCACAUGGAAAUGAUAAUGUUCUACAGGUGUUGAAACUAAGUUAUGAUAAUUUGCCAACACAUUUGAAACAAUGUUUUACAUAUUGUGCUUUAUUUCCAAAAGACUAUGAAAUUGAGAAAAAAAUGUUGGUACAAUUAUGGAUUGCACAAGGUUACAUUCAAUCUACAAAUGGGAAUGAGCAAUUAGAGGAUAUAGGAGAUCAAUAUUUCAAAGAAUUAUUGUCAAGGUCAUUGUUGGAAGAGGUUAAAAAAGAUGAUUUUAAUGAUACAUUAAGUUGUAAAAUGCAUCACUUUAUACAUGAUCUUGCACAAUCAAUUGUAGGAUCUGAGAUCCUUGUUUUAACAAGUUAUGUAAAUAAGAUUGCAGAAGAAGCUCGUCAUGUAUCAUUUUUUGAAGAGGUAAAUCCCAUGAUAAAGGCUCUAAAGGGAAAACCCAUAAGGACCUUUCUGAACCUUUGUGAAGAUUUUUAUAAAGAUUGUACAAUUGUAAAUUCAAAUUUUCCAAGUUUUAUGUGUUUACGUGCAUUGAGUUUAAAUGGUAUGAAUGUAGAGAAGGUGCCAAAGUGUUUAGGCAAAUUGAGUCAUUUAAGGUAUCUUGAUCUUUCCUACAAUGAUUUUAAGGUACUUCCAAAUGCAAUUACAAGGUUAAAGAAUUUGCAAACACUAAAACUCAUAUGGUGUGACAGUUUAAAAAGAAUUCCAGACAAUAUAGGAGAAUUGAUCAAUCUGAGACACUUGGAGAAUAAUAGGUGCUAUGACUUGACUCAUAUGCCACAUGGAAUCGGCAAGUUGACUUUACUUCAAAGUCUACCAUUGUUUGUGGUUGGGAAUGACAUAGGGUGGUUAAAGAAUCACAAAAUUGGAAGCUUGAGUGAAUUGAAAGGCCUUAAUCAACUAAGAGGAGGGUUAUGCAUAAGUAAUCUUCAAAAUGUGAGGGAUGUUGAACUGGUAUCCAGGGGAGAAAUUUUGAAAGGAAAACAAUAUCUUCAGUCCUUGAGAUUGAAAUGGGAACGGUUGGGCCAAGAUGGGGGGGAUGAGGGUGAUAAGUCAGUGAUGGAAGGCCUUCAACCACACCCACACCUAAAGGAUAUCUUUAUAGAAGGUUAUGGAGGUACGGAGUUUCCAAGUUGGAUGAUGAAUGAUGGGUUGGGUUCCCUGCUUCCCCACCUAAUUGAAAUCGAGGUUUCAGGAUGUUCAAGAUGCAAAAUUCUGCCACCCUUUUCUCAACUCCCUUCUCUCAAGUCUUUGAAGCUUGAUGAUAUGAAAGAAGUGGUGCAGUUGAAUGAGGGUUCAUCAGCAACGCCAUUCUUCCCAUCUCUUGAAUCGCUUGAACUCUCUAACAUGCUGAAGUUGAAGGAAUUGUGGAGGAUGGACUUACUAGCAGAGCAACGUCCUUCAUUUUCUCAUCUUUCUCAAUUAGAGAUCAGAAAUUGCCAUAACUUGGCAUCCUUGGAACUGCAUUCAUCUCCUCAUCUUUCUCAAUUAGAGAUCAGUAAUUGCCAUAGCUUGGCAUCCUUGGAACUGCAUUCAUCUCCUCAUCUUUCUCAAUUAAAGAUCAGUAAUUGCCAUGACUUGGCAUCCUUGGAACUGCAUUCAUCUCCUUCUCUUUCUCAAUUAACGAUAGAUGAUUGCCCAAACUUGACAUCCAUAGAACUGCCGUCAUCUCUUUGUCUUUCUCAAUUAGAUAUCAAAAAAUGCCCUAACUUGGCAUCCUUCAAAGUGGCUUCAUUACCUUCUCUUGAGACACUAUCUCUGUUCACAGUUAGAUAUGGUGUGAUAUGGCAGAUAAUGUCUGUCUCUGCUUCUUCUUCGUUGAAGUCUCUGUAUAUUGAAAGCAUAAAUGAUAUGAUAUCUCUCCCGAAGGAGCUACUUCAACAUGUUUCUGGCUUGGUAACGUUACAGAUCCGUGAGUGUCCUAACUUGCAAUCCUUGGAACUGCCCUUAUCUCCUUGUCCUUCUCAAUUAAAGAUUGGAAAAUGCCCUAACUUGGCAUCCUUCAAUGUGGCUUCAUUACCUCGUCUUGAGAAACUAGUCCUGCGUGGAGUCAGAGCAGAGGUACUGAGGCAGUUAAUGUUUGUCUCUGCUUCUUCAUUGAAGUCUCUGCGAAUACAGGAGAUUGAUUGUAUGAUAUCUCUCUCAGAGGAGCCGCUUCAAUAUGUUUCCACUCUCGAAACUCUCUCCAUUGUUAAGUGCUCUGGUUUGGCAACAUUACUACACUGGAUGGGCAGCCUUUCCUCGCUUACGGAACUUAUUAUUUAUGACUGCUCUGAAUUGACAUCACUGCCAGAAGAGAUCUAUUCCCUUAAAAAACUGCAGACAUUUUAUUUCUGUGAUUAUCCACACCUAGAGGAAAGAUACAAGAAGGAAACAGGUCAAGACCGGGCCAAGAUUGCUCAUAUCCCACAUGUUCGUUUCAAGUGUGAUUUCUUUAUGAAAGUGAGGCUUGAAGGAAUUUUCGAGCUUGACAACAUUUUCUGAUGCUGUGCACUAAACUAAUCAUUUUACUUGGAGUUGUACAUUCUAAGAGUUUGAGGAAAUACUGAGGUCUGAGCUUGGAAUUCAUGGCUGCCCUGAAUUGACAUCACUGGCAGAAGAUAUGUUCCCUCAAAAACCUGCAGACACUUAACAAUCUGGAUCUGUUCACACUUAAGAGGAAAGGUGAAGACUAACCCAAGAUUGCUCAUAUCGCACAUAUUGAUAUCAUACAUCCAUGAAGAUUGAACUGAUACAGAAUGCCUUUCAGAUGAUAUGGUCCAAACUCAAAUUGAACAUUGCUCUUGUUUCGCAACAUUACUACACUGGAAAGGCAACUUCAACUCGCUUAUAGACCUUCCUAUUGGUGACUGCACUAAAUUGACGUCACUUCAGAAUAGAUGUGUUCCAGACGAAAAAUCUUUCAUUAUAUGCACCUACUUGCAAGAUACCAAAGGGAAAUAGGUCAAUACUUGCCCAAGAAUACAGAGGGCCACACUUAGUGAAGGUUUUGUCAAUACGAAGAACCAUGUCAGACAUAAGACUGACAGGUAAUGUGCAUAGAGUUUGCAGAAGAGAAGAAAGAUUUGAUCCUAGACAUUCCUAAAGAUCGAAAACUUUCAAAGCUGCCCAAGAUCCCACAGGGGGCCUUUAGAUUUAUUAAUGAGUUCCAAAUCAUUGUCUACCCUGAAUUUGAAUCACUGCUAGAAGGAUGUGCCGCUAAGCAUUCUCAUAUUCCUGAUAUGGAGUAGAAAUGGACUUCUAAUUCAUUAAGAGCUGAUGGGCUCUUUGAUUAUGCCAUCUAUAAUGUACUUCAGAUUUCACCUUGCUUAAAAAGCUUUUGAUUAUUCAUAUUUUCAAGAUGGCUAAGACAUUUGAUUGUGCUCAGAACUUCUGGUUUCUAUUAAAUUUAGGAUACCAACAAAUUAAGUGAGGAACACAUCUUACUAAAUCGUUUGUCAAUCUAUUCACCUUCCUGAUCUCAAGCUUCUUCAUGUUUGAAUUAAAACACCUUGGAGUACACAAACAAAAAUGAUGGGUUUGAUGAUUCUCACUUUGGUGCUUAGGUGCUUUGUUGGAUUUCAAUUCAGGGGAAAUUGUCAAGUUCUAUAUUUGUCUAGAAAGUUGGAAGAAGCAUUUAAUUUGACAUGAAGGUAAUGCAUUGGUAUUGUGUAGACGAAUCAAGCCUUCUUUAAUUGAGGAGAACCUUUUGCAAAAUAUUUCAGAACAUCACGAAGCUACAAAAGCACCAUUAUAGAGUACCCACCACAAGUCUAAUGUAGCAUGCUUCUCAACCUUCACAAUUACUUGCCUUACUUAAAGCUUGGGGAGAUGCUUGUGCGUUGCCUGUGACGAGUACAGUUAUGAUUCCAGAUGGGACAUAUGCCAUGGGGUAAAUAACCAUUGGAGGCCCUUGCAAGACUCCUAUCAAUUUCAUUGUCCAAGGCACUGUGAAAGCCUCUGUGGAUACCAGCAAGUUCAAGGCUGAAGGUGGUUGGAUUGCUUUCCAACAAAUUGACCAGUUCAUAUUGUCUGGUGGUGGAGUUUUUGAUGGCCAAGCAGAAUCUGAGGUUCAACUUCAUCACCAAUAGCAUGGUCAAGGACAUAACAUCAAGAGACAGCAAACAGUUUCAUAUCUUUUGGGGUG